UGCUUUGAAAGAAAAAACAAAAGAAAACAUCUUUUAAAGAGAAGCUUCCGAGUUGAAUGUCCAAACUAAACUACCCACCACUUUAGACCCAUUUCAUUUUCUCACACAACAACUGAAAUUAAAAAAUAAAAAUUAGUCUUGCUUCUUCUCGGAACCACUGCACGAUAAAGCACUUGUAGAGGGAGAAAAAUCCCAUUUUCUCUCUCUAAAACCCAACCCCCACCCAUCUGCCUUCCCCCUUCUCUCUCUACUCAUUCAAAAUGAAACCCCCAUUCUAGAGAGAGAAAAAGCGCAUAAGAUCAAACCCAAAAGCAAAGCCAGCGUUUCUCACCUUCCCUAUUUUCUUCAACAUUUUAAUCCCAGAUCAAACUGCGGGAAUUAUGGAGUUUGUGGGCAAACUUGUUGAGAAGGAGUUCAAGGGUUAUGGUGUCUUCUCGGGAAUCGUCCAAUCGUAUGAUGCAUCAUCCGGCUUCUUCGAGGUCGUUUACGAAGACGGCGAUUCUGAGGAGCUCGAUUUCUCUGAGGUCGCUUCUCUGUUGCAGCGGAAAGAACCUGACCCUGCUGACCACAAGCAAAGGCUUGGCCGCAGGCCUAAGAAGCGCCGUCGAAUUGAGCCAAGGAAGCGUGAAGACCGAGGAAGUGGUGGAGAUUUAGGUAAUUCUGUUUCUUAUUUUCAGGCAAUUGCAGAAACCCUAGGGAGACAAAGUGGUGGUGUUGUAGAGGCUAAUGGCAAAUUCGAUAUGAAUCAGAAAGUUGAUUUGAAUGAUGGAUUUAUUGGGAAUUUGAGAGAAGAUCGUGGUAAUGGGAAUUUGGGACAUAUGAGCGUUGAUUUAAAUGAAGCUCUAGAGAAGAGGAGUGGAAUUGUGGAGACUUUGAGAGAAAGUGGGUCUGAUAAUGGGAGUUUGAAUGGAAACUGUUGCAUGAAGGAGGCGCUUGAUUUGAAUGCUGGUUUUAACUUAAACUUGAAUGAAGGAUUUGAUUUGAAUGAAGAGAGUGAUGUAAAUUCCAACGGUCUGGGAAACUUGCAGAAAAGAGAGUGUAUAGACUUAAAUUUGGAUGUAAAUGGUAAUGUGGAUGAGGAUAUUGGGGAGGCUGGUCUGGGGGUUAAUCAAACAGGGAGUCCGAAGAAGGAGUGCGGGUUUGAUUUGAAUUUGGGGAUUGAUGAGGAAAUCAGGGAUACUGCAGCUGGUGAUUGUGGAGGGGAAACCAAGGAAAGUACAUCAUGUCAGAUGGUUAAAGAGGAGACUCAAAAGAUGGAUGAUGCAAGUGGGGUUUUGGGGAGAGUUUAUAAUGAAGGUGCAACGCUGCAGGAAGUUCAUGUUGUGAAUGAUUCAUAUGUAGGAUUGGCUACAGGAACCUGGAAGGACCAUAUUUCUGGUGAAGAUUUCAGGGUUGGUGAUUCCGUUGAAAUUCAGGACGCCAAUAUUAUUAAAGUUGAGUCUCCUGAAGUAGUUGAUAACCAAGGUGAUACGAGAAGUGCUAAUAAUGAAGGGAGUGGUGGUUGUCGGAGGAGGGGGAGGAGGAGGAAAAGCAUUGCAAGUGGUCUGAACUCUGCACCAGAAACAACAGUCUUUACAGAUGCUACAGUAAUUUAUGCAAAUGAAGGUGAUGUAAGAAGUGUAUAUCAAGAAUGGAAUGGUUGUCAGAGGAGGCUGAGGAGGGGAAAUUUUGUGGAUACCUCAAGUUCUACACCAGAUACAAUGGUCAUUGCGGAUGCUGAUGUCAAGGAAGAUUUUACUAUAGUAAUUGAUGGGGAGCGAGUUGUGGGAAGCACAUAUAAAGAAGUUCAUGGUAAUCAUAGAAAGAAAAGGAAAUUUUCGGAUCAUGUAAGUGUCACUCCACAAGUGACAGUGCUGAGGAGGAGUACUCGUCGGGGUUCAGCUAGAAACGAUAUUUCAACCGCAACAGCAUUAAGUGCAGUCCAUGAUUUAUCUGUGUCUCCAGCAGCUAGUGCAUUAACUGAGGAGAAACAUGUGAAAUCAUGUCAUGAAUGGGCAGAAGAGAUGGUUCUUCCUCCGCAGGUGCAACUGCCACCUUCUUCACAGAAUUUGGAUUUGGAUGGAAUUCCAGUCAUUGACUUUUUCUCAGUUUAUGCCUGUCUAAGGUCAUUUAGUACAUUAUUGUUCUUAAGUCCCUUUGAAUUGGAGGAAUUUUUGGCAGCUGUGAGGUGCAACUCUCCUAGUUCAUUAUUUGAUUCCAUUCAUUUUUCUAUUUUGCAAACUCUAAGAUCGCAUUUGGAACACCUUUCAAAUGAAGGUUCUGAAUCUGCUUCUAUUUGCUUGAGGAGUCUUAACUGGGGUUUGUUGGACUUGAUCACAUGGCCUGUUUUCAUGGUCGAGUACCUCCUACUCCAUGGUUCAGAUUUGAGACCUUGGUUCAAUCUUAGUCACUUAAAGCUUUUAAAAAAUGACUACUAUAAACAGCCUGUACCGGUGAAAGUUGAGAUAUUGCGAUGUCUAUGUGAUGAGAUGAUUGAGGUGGAAGCCAUUAGGUCAGAGCUUAAUAGAAGAUCUUCAGGAGCCGAGUCUGAGCUGGACUUUGAUCGAAAUACAGGUCUUGAGUCUUUCAAGAAAAGGAGGACUGGGAUGGACAUCGCAGCCAGCUCUUGCUUAACUGAGGAGGCUGUUGAUGAUGCAACGGACUGGAAUAGUGAUGAAUGCUGCCUUUGUAAGAUGGAUGGGAGCUUAAUAUGCUGUGAUGGUUGUCCAGCUGCCUUCCACUCGAAGUGUGUUGGAGUUGACAAUGAUUCUUUGCCAGAGGGUGACUGGUUCUGCCCUGAAUGUGCGAUAAACAGCCGUAAGCCUUGGAUGAAACCUCGAAAAUCACUUCGAGGUGCAGAGCUAUUAGGGGUUGAUCCUUAUGGCCGAUUAUAUUUUAGCAGCUGUGGUUAUUUAUUGGUGUCAGAUUCAUGUGAAACUGAAUCCUCAUGUAAUUAUUACCAUAGAGAUGCUCUUAUUGCUGUUAUUAUAGUGCUAAGGUCUUCAGAGAUGGUCUACAGCAGCAUAUUGGAGGCAAUCCACAAGCAUUGGGAUAUCCCUGUUAAUUUAUAUGGAAUAAAUAGUAACUUUGAUUUAUCCUAUGAUAUGUGCAUGCGCCCAGCUGUGUUGGCAUCUUCAGAAACAUGUACAAUUAAAGGUGAGGCUACUGAUGAAAGAAAACCUGAAGAGAAUCUCGUUGAAGGAUGUUCUGGUCAUAUUAAUUUUGAGGUGUCAAAGUCUUUGAGCCAAACAUGUGUGAGUUCUGAAGGAUCAGCUGAAACAACCCAAACAAGUUUACAGACUCAGAAUUUUCAGAAAGAAGGGCCCGUUUCUGAUAGGUCUGCUGACUUCUUAAAUGAAUCUGAUAUACCAGGGAAGUUCCCAUCCAUGGGAGAGAAUUCUUUGCCAUCAUCCUGUUUGGAUGUAAAAAGCAAGAGUACUAUAGGAUCUGCAGCUAAUGUGACCCUUUCAUCAGCUGUAGACCCAACAAAUGGGAACACUUCCCAAGUGCAGCUGGGAAGUGGCUACAUGAACUUUUACAGUUUUGGUCAUAUAGCUUCAUCAAUUGCAGAAGAGUUGAUGCGCAAGUCUUCAGACAAAACCAGUGAAGGCUCCCUAAAAACAGAUGAGGAAAUCAUUUCAGCUCAGUUGAAGAUUAUUUCAAAAAGAACUGCCAAGUUUUGUUGGUCGAGUAUUCCGAGACUGAAUGUUGGCGUGCUGAAAGAAAAAUGUGGAUGGUGCUUCACUUGCAGGAUUUCUUCAGAUGAGUUAGGUUGCUUAUUUAAUAUGUGUUUGAGUCCAGUUCAGAAAGGGCCUGUGGAUGAUGGUGAUGGCCUUCAAUUAAGAAGGAACAAGAAAGGUCAUUUAAAAGAUAUAAUAAAUCAUAUUCUCUUGAUUGAAGACAGGUUGCAUGGGCUUCUAUCAGGUCCAUGGCUGAAUCCACAUUAUAGCAGGCUGUGGCGGAAAAGUGUUCUCAAGUCAUCAGAUAUCGUGUCGGUGAAACAUUUACUGCUCAUAUUAGAAUCAAAUCUGCAUCGUCUUGCACUCUCAGCAGAGUGGUUGAAGCAUAUGGAUUCUGCCACCACUAUGGGUUCAGCUUCUCAUAUUGUCUCUGCUUCAUUGCGUGCUUCUUCAAAGAAUGGAAUUGGUAGGAAGAGGGCCAGGUACUCAGAAUUUGAUUCCAAUCCUUCUUCAAAUUCUGCCAGUGGAUUGGGUAUGUUAUGGUGGAGGGGUGGUCGGAUUUCUCGCCGGUUAUUCAGUUGGAAGGUUUUACCUCGCUCCUUAGUUUCCAAAGCUGCCAGACAAGUUGGAUGUAUGAAGAUCCCAGGCAUGUUGUAUCCUGAGAAUUCAGAAUUUGCAAAGAGGAGCAAAUAUGUCUGUUGGCGAGCUGCUGUGGAAUCAUCAACAACAGUGGAACAGCUUGCUUUGCAGGUUAGAGAGCUUGAUUCUAACAUCAGGUGGGACGAAAUUGGAAACACAAAUCCACUGGCAAUGGUGGACAAGGAAUUUAAAAAGUCAUUCAGGUUAUUCAAGAAAGUAAUUAUCCGUAGGAAGUGCAUUGAGGGAGAAGGGGCAAAGUAUCUUUUUGAUUUUGGCAAGAGGAAAGUUAUUCCUGAAAUCGUUUUAAAGAAUGGAUCUGUGGUUGAAGAAUCCUCCAGUGAGAGGAAGAAAUAUUGGUUGAAUGAAUCAUAUGUUCCCUUGUAUCUGUUGAAAAGUUUUGAAUCGAAAAGAAUUGCCCGCAGAUCUAAUAAAAUGAAUACUGGGAAACUUUCUGAUCCUGGUGUAGCAGUGAAGAAGCCCUCAAAGAAAAAGGGUUUCUCAUAUCUUUUUGCAAAAGCUGAAAGAUCUGAGUACCAUCAGUGUGGGCACUGUAACAAAGAUGUUCCAAUCAGGGAGGCCGUCUGCUGUCAGUCUUGCAAAGGAUUUUUCCAUAAAAGGCAUGUGAGGAAGUCGGCUGGUUCCAUUACCGCUGAAUGUAUGUACACGUGUCACCGAUGCCUUGAUGGGAAAAAUGUGAAAAAUGAGUCAAAAACGGGGAAGAGAGAUGUAAAAAGAGGGAAGAAUAACAAGAAAAGCAUGCAAGUUCAGCAUGAAAGUUCAAAAAACGCCUCUGUAAGUUGCAGGUCAGUGCAACCUAAAAACAGUAAAAAAGCCUUGAGGAGCUCAUGGUCUCUACGAUCCAGAAAAAAUAAGAAAGUUGCUGCUGUUGUUGUACCUUUGCGUCGUUCACCUAGGAAAGCUAAAUACAACUCUCUGCAAAAUAAAAAAGGAAGAGGACGCAAAAAAGGUAAGCAGGUCAAAUCCAGAAAAGCAACAUAUAAGAAGCAAACAAAGGUUACUUCAUGGCGCAAGGGGAGGACAGAGGCUUGUCACAGUUUCUGGAUUAAUGGUCUUCGAUUGUCUAGAAAGCCAGAUGAUGAACGUGUGAUGCAUUUUAAGAAUAGAAGUUUUGUCGCCCCUUCCAAGAGCGACAUCCUUGCUCAACCCAAAUGUCAUCUUUGCUGUGAAGAUGGAUAUACAUCUACCUUAAAUUACAUUUCUUGUGACAUAUGUGGAGAGUGGUUUCAUGGAGAUGCUUUUGGACUCGAUAUGGAGAACAUCAAUAAGAUAAUUGGAUUUAGGUGCCACGUGUGCCGUAAGAGUACCCCUCCUGUCUGCCCACCAGUACCAACCACAAAGAGACAUGUAUUCCAAAAGAAUGAGGUGCAAAAUGAUGUUCAAUUUGAACUUUCGAUGGAAGCAACAACUGAUGUCUCGCAUCUAUGUGAGAUGGUGCAGAAUGAUGUUCAGGAUGAACUUUCUGAGGAAGCAACUACUGUCCGAAGUGAGAUGGUGCAAAAUGAUGUUCAGAAUGAAAUUUCUAAGGAAGCAGCCAAUGCCCCACAUCUAAUGAGGAGAAAUUCAUUGCAAGAAUCACUUGCAAACGAGGAUCAUCAAGGUUCACUUCUUAGGAAGCAGCAGUCGGAUACUACAGAUUCUGAUCAGAAUUCUGCGCCUGGAUCUAGGUUUGAAGUGGGCAAAGGGCAAGUAGUUGAUUAUGUGAAGGAAGAUACAGGUUCAGCUCAAAUUUCUAGCAAGAAUUUGAAUCCAGAAGUCAUAUCAGGUAAUGGAAGUCAUUUGUGCAAAGAAAAUACAUUUGAAUCAGGAGACAGUAUGAUAGUAACUGCAUCUGGUCAAAUGCAAACCUCUUCCUGCAACGUUGAUGUGGACGUGAUGAAAACUGAACUGGAUCCAUCGGGGUGUGAAAGUGCAAGAGAUAGCUUAAGCCUCAUCUGAAGUCAACAAUUGAUUGAGCCCUUGUUGAUUCAGUUGAGUUGCAUCCACAUUUACUUAGGAGGUGAACUGGAUUAUAAGAUGAGGGAGGAAAUUGAGUAUUGAAUUUGAUUUGCAAACAUUUAAACGGUGAAACAAAGAACUGUAGAGGCUAGAGUUCAUUUGUAAAUCUUCUAAUGCUGUUGAAAUUCAUGGUAGAAGUUUAAAAGAUACACUGGGAUGAUUCAUUUGAAACUGGGAAAUAAAGAGUUUCUUCGGGGCUGUGGUUUGUAUAAUGACUUCAGAACCCAUGAAGGCUGUUCCGCUUCAAGAUUGUGAAGUCCACAAAUGGCUGAUAAACCCUUGCAGUGAAGCAUCUCCGGAGAGGCUUUGGACAAGGUCUGCUGACAUUUUUUGUUUUCCAUGUCCCAAGAGGUUGAUGUGCUUGUGCAGCUUUUUUGCUUCAAGUAAUUGAGAAUAUUUUGGCUUGUUGAGGCAUGGAGCAGCAAUUGAUGGAUGAGCGUACUGUUGUGAGAGCAUGACGGGAACCCAUUAUUUCAUAACCCAAUGAGUGGUCUUAGUGUUUGACACUUUAGGUCUUCUAACAUUGAUACUUCAUGUGUACUUUCAAUUAAAAUGUAAUUUUGUUGAGCUUCAAAAACUUUAUGUAGAUAUCACAUCAAAAUAGUCAAAUUGAUUUUCUGAUUGCA